AUGAAACUCCUCGUGCGCGGAGGCAUCACAAUCCUCCUGAUCGUGGCCACCGCAUUCGGCCUCUCGGCGCUCAAAGACCACCUCGACCCUAACGAACACAAGGCCGACGAGCAGCGCGAGGACAAGGCCUGGAUCUCCACCUCGAAAUACUGGCUGGACCGGCAGGCAUGUCGGUACAUCGGCCUGUGCGGAUUGGCCCACUGGCAUCCGGAUCCGGCUGUGCGGCCGUGGACGAAACGACGGGAUGACAACCGCCGCGAGAUGAGGAUGAAGAAUGCGCAGGAGCUUCUCAUGGAGCAGGAGACGGCCGAUCAGGAGCCGGCGGAGGAAGACGAGGGGGGUGAUAUCGACGCCCAGUCGGUGUGGGAUCGGAUCCCGGGGCAGGGGGAGCGCAUGAAGCCGGGGGACUGGGACGGCGAUACCAGGGUGCUCAAGGAGGUGCCGCAGUUUGUGCUCGACCAUGCGCCGCUGGUUCAUUUGUGCUCCAGGGAGGAGUUCUGGCCAAGCGAUAUCCGCGAGCAUUUGAGACAUGUCGUGCCGUACGAGAACCAGACGGCGCUGAAUCUGACGGACUAUGUGCCCGACGAGGAAAACUUGCUGAGUUUGAAUGAGGGGAGGAGGGGGCGCUUUGUGUUCUUGACCAGCAAGAAUGAUGUGGAGGAGAGGCCGGAGUGGUUGAGUAGUGCGUUUAACAAGCCUAUUCCGUACGACGACGAUGACGAGGAUGAAGAGGACACGGAGGAACGAGAGCUGGAGGAGGAAGCGAUGGUAUAUGAGGAGUUCUCGUCCGGCGCUGUCCCAACGGAAGAAGACCUCGAGACGUGGUUCGAUCCGUACGGUCCCAGGCACAAAGUCUCGGCGCCCAUCGCUCCAAAUUUCCAAUCCCAACCUCCACCUCAAAUAAAAAAAGACUCAACUUCCAAGGCAUCUUUCCGCGAAGACCUGAGGAAACGCAUCCCCGCGCUCCAGAAGCCUGGCGGGUACUCGCCGGCCCCUGCCAUUCUGGUGCUGGUCGACAAAGGCUCCGGCAUCCUCGACGCCUACUGGUUCUACUUCUACUCCUACAACCUGGGCACCACGGUUCUCAAUGUCCGCUUCGGGAACCACGUCGGCGACUGGGAACACUCACUCAUCCGCUUCCACAAUGGCGUUCCGAAGGCUGUGUUCUUCUCGGCCCAUUCCGGCGGUCUCGCUUACUCGUACGCGGCGGUUGAAAAAGGGAAGGGGAAAGGCAGGGAGGGCCGCCCGGUCAUCUAUUCCGCGCUGGGUAGCCAUGCCAUGUACGCGCAGCCCGGCUCGCACCCCUAUGUCCUCCCUUUCGGCCUUCUCGCCGACGUGACCGACCGCGGGCCUCUCUGGGACCCCGCGCAGAACUAUCUGGCAUACCACUUCAACACGUCCAUUACGCACGGGGCCGACGCCCGCUCCAUGACCACGAACCUCCCUCUGCAACACAUGACAGAGAGCCUGCAGCCGGCUCUCAACAAUCCCGAGGCGCCGAUAGGCUGGUGGUGGUUUAGCGGCCACUGGGGCGACAAGUUCUACAGUCUGGGAGACUGGAGACAGUGGCGCUUUGUGGGGCAGUACCAUUACGUCAACGGGCCGCUGGGCCCGCGGUGGAAGAACCUGGGCAGGAGCAAGGUGUGUCAGAGUCAUGGGGAGUGCAGGAUUGUAGAUAGUCUGAAGGAAGGGAAGAAGAGGAGCUGGCUGGGCUGA